ACGAACGAGGACUGUUUGUUCGGAUUCCAAUUCAGUUCUCUUUUCUAUCGUUUUAUUUCUUUUAUUUCUUUUUUUUCGUCCUUUGUUUCUUUGUCACUUCUGUCCAUGAGCGCGAAAGUCUGCACAAAGUGCAACAAGGCCAUCGACGGCGAUGCGCUCGACUUUCAGGGCAAACUCUACCACCCAACGUGCCUCGUGUGCGCCGUCUGCAACACGAGACUCGCUGGAACCAUCUACGCAAAGGAUGACAAGCUCUUCUGCCAGUCAGACUACUUCAAGACGUACUGCAAGACGUGCGCCAAGUGCCACCAGUACAUCACCUCGGGCGGCAUGCUCGAGGCCGCAGGCGAGCACUACCACUCGCCCUGCUUUUCGUGCGAAAAGUGCGGCGUCACCUUCAAGGAUGGCGACCCGUUCGUCGUCGAGAACGGCCGCCCCGUCUGCCAGGCGUGCGGCGGCCUCUUUUGCGCCAUCUGCAACGGCUUGAUCACCUCGGGCACGUACAAUGUCUUUUUCGAGCACAAGUUCCACACAUACUGCCACAAGUGCAACGUGUGCGGUACCGACUUUAACGACUCGCCCGUCAUCUUCCACGACAACCUCCUCUGGUGCCGAGCGGACUUUCAGCGCGCCUUCCCGGACAUUAACAUUCAAGAGGUCCAGCAGGCUCCUUCGUCUGGCACGCAGACCAUUGAAAACCCUCCCAACUCGUCCUCCGACGGUGCUGGCACCUCGUUCGACGACUUUCUCUCCUGGGACAAUCGCGAGGACGAGCGCGAAAAGCAUCUCAACUGGAUGCUCAAAGAGGUCGAGUUGCGUCCCAUCGAAGCCGAGAUUCUCCUCAAGGUCCACUCCCAGCCCGGCGGUUGGUUUGUCUACCGAGCCAACAUGGAUCGCUCUCGAGACUUUGCUCUUCCAGUCCUGAUCAAUAAGGACCUGGUCAAACACUUCAAAAUCUUGUUCGUCGAAGGCCAGUACUGCUUGAACGUGAUGGAGCGCCGCUUCAACUCGAUCGAGGAGCUGAUCAACUACUAUCGCACGCAUGUCAUCCACGAGAAGCUCAUGCUUGGUGUCCCGCUCGAGUUCCCCACGUUGAAGGCGGACGUCAAGAGCUUCCCCGCCGACCUCCCCGUUCAGCAUCACGAAGAGUACGCAAGCACAUUCCAGGCGGCCGGCGCGCAAGAGUUGAUUAUCGGGGCCUGCAACGCCUUGGAAACCUUGUAUUCCGUCGAUCCCCACAAGGCAGAGGAUUUGUCCAUGGUUCGACGCGUCCUGGCCAGCGCGCAAGCGACGUUGCGAAUGCUGAAGGCUGUUUUGGCAGAUCAUCAACGCCUUGGAAAGACCAAGUUCGAAAACGAAGACUUCUACAACGAGGCCAUUAAGGCCCUUGAGGCCCAGACGACGCUGCUGGCAGCGCAAGUGGCCGCUCAAGAUGCCGGAAUGGAGGAGAUUGUUCCCAUCUCGGACGCCGAACUGGACAACGUUUCGCUGGCUCCACUCGAGCCGACCGACCCUACCGGCGCCACGAUUACGCUCGGCGGAUCGAACGCCACGUCGCACAUUUCCUUCUAUCUUGUCAACACGACCGUGUUGCAGUGGCUGCGCGAGUUCUGGUUUGCGUCGCAGUUGACGGACAGCGACGGCAAGAUGACGGUCGACAACUUUGUCAAAGUGACCGAAAUGACCCUGCCCAUGCGUCGCCCAGAGGUGAUUUACAGCACCUUCCGCGAGAACAAGGACUUGCGCCGUCGCGCCAAGAAGGACGGCGGCCUGUACUUUGACUCGUACCUGCGCUUCAUCCACAUCCUGUUUGACUUUCCGCACAUUUCGGCGCUCUUCCGCCGCUACGCCAAGACGUCGGACGAGUACAUGACCAUUCUCGAAUUCAAGUCGUUCCUCACUCAGCAGCAAAAGCUGCGCAACACGGAGCGUGUUUUGCGCCACUACUAUCGCCUCUCGUCGCAGCAGAGCAUCUCGGCCAAGGACAUCAAGGCUUCCACGGAUGUCUUUGGCGCCUCGAUCGGUGUCACCAAGGAGGGCUCGCUCACGCUGUUUGGCUUUGCCAACUUUUUGAUUUCAGAGGAAAACGCGCCCUUCAACCCCUUGCACGGUGUUGUCUACCAGGACAUGAACCAACCUCUGCAGUCGUACUACAUCAACUCGUCGCAUAACACCUAUCUCGAAGGCGAUCAGCUCAAGAGUGCGUCGUCGACCGAGCCCUACCGCAAGGCGUUGCAGUCGGGCUGCCGCUGCGUCGAGCUCGAUCUCUGGGACGGCCCGAAAGGCGACCCCGUCAUUUACCACGGCUACACGCUCACGUCCAAGGUCCGCGCCCGCGACGUGCUCGAGACCAUUGCCAAGCACGCCUUUGAAAAGUCUCCCUUCCCGCUCAUUCUGUCGCUCGAAAACCAUCUUUCCCUUCCCCAGCAGAAGGUGUUUGCACAGUACUGCCUCGAAAUCUUCUCUGACAAGAUCAUUCCCACUGCCACCGAGGGCUUCUGGGAAUCCAACCCGGCGACCCUGCCCUCGCCUUUCGCGCUUCGCAACAAGAUUUUGAUCAAGAACAAGGCCAUCGCGUCUCGCGGCGAGGCCGACAGCAAGAAGAUUGCCAAGGAGCUCAGUGAUUUGGUCGUGUACACCAAGGCCGUGACGUUCGAGUCACUCAAGCAGGCGCACAAGGAUACUCGCUGCUACGAAAUGUCCUCGGUCCCGGAAAAGAAGGCCUUCAAGCUGGCUCGCUCCAACGGCAAAGAGUACUCGGAGCUCGUCCAGGCUCGCUUGAACCGCACCUACCCCGACGGCAUGCGCUUUGAUUCGAGCAACUACGACCCGCAAACGUUCUGGAACAUUGGCUGCCACAUGGUUGCGCUCAACUUCCAGACGCCCGACCGCGCCAUGCAGCUCAACGAAGGCAAGUUUAUGCAGAACGGCACCUGCGGCUACGUGCUCAAGCCCGCGUUGCUGCGCUCCGCGACGCCACCCACGACCGAAGAGGUGCCCUGCUUGACGCUUACGAUUUCGCUCCUCGCCGGUAUUCAACUUGCGCACCCACGCGGCAAGCGUCGCGCCCUUGAUCCGUACGUCGAGAUGGAAGUCAUUGGUCUGAACAACCAGGUUGCGCAGUCGUCCAUCCAGCACAAGGUCAUCGACGGUUGCACCUGGGACGAGACUUUCCAGUUUGCCGUCUUUAUGCCUGACGGUGCACUGCUGCGGUUUGUUGUCUUUGACGAGAAGCUUGGCCCGAAGGAUCCUCUCGGUUUCUUUGUUGUUCCGAUCGAAAGUCUUCAGCAAGGCUAUCGUCACAUUCCGAUCAAACGUGUUCACGCGUUCAUGCAUGCCGAAACGUUGGACCACUGCUCCUUGUUUGUGAACAUUGCCAUGUCGCCGGGCAAGCCUCAAAAGCGUGAAAACAUUUCGGGAAGUGUCGAGAACAUUGCCAAGCUUGGUUCGACACAGUCAAUUCCUUCUGGAUCGAACUCACAGUCUGGCAGCGAGACAAACCUGCCUUCCGUGUCCCCUAGCGGCACGCUGACUGCAAAGGACUUUGCCAUCGCCAACGGAGGUGGAUCUCGUCGCUCCAGCGUCGCCCCAGUCCCCAGUCUCACGUCCGAGGCGUUGCGUCGUGGAAGCAUCGCACCCGCACCAGCUGAAAUGCGCCGUGCCACCGCCAUGCCUGAAGAUACUCGCAUCAAGCUGCCCGAGGAUCUUACACGCAAUCAAAGCAUUCGGCUCCACAUCGAAGCACCGGCUCCCUCUGAGGAGACGCCCGCCGACUCGCCAGCAGACACGCCCGCAGACACGCCCGCCGCUGUCGAAGAGCCCGUUGAGGAGGCAGCGUCAGUCGAAGAGGCAGCGCCUGUACCCCAGUCCUCCAGCCCUGCGCCACCUGUGGCGGAGCCGGUCGUUGCUCCUGCAGUCUCUGAGCCUGAUGUGACUCGCGCCUCAAUGUCCUCUGCCAGUCCGUCUACUCCCUCGACCCCAACAGCUGCAACAGCCGCUGCGCCCGUUCUGGACAAGAAGCAGUUGAAAGAGCAGGAGAAGCAAAACAAGAUUCGCGAGAAAGAAGAAAAAGAGGCUGCCAAGAAGAAGGAGAAGGACGACAAGAUAGCCGCCAAGCAGAAGGAAAAGGACGACAAGGAAGCCGCCAAGAAGAAGGAGAAGGACGACAAGGAGGCUGCCAAGCAGAAGGCCAAAGACGACAAGGAGGCUGCGAAGCAGAAGGAAAAGGACGACAAGGAAGCCGCCAAGCAGAAGGAAAAGGACGAAAAAGAGCAGAAGGAAGUCGCCAGAAAAGAGGAGCGUGAGCGCCGCAAGUCCAUCAAGAAGGAGAAGGGCAAAGCGCCUGCCGCUGCCGCCGAGCCUUCCGAGGACGCACCACCCAGUUAAAUUCCGCAUUUCUUUUUUUUUUUUUUCUUUUUUGUUUUUUUCUGUCUUCUUCCCCCUCACUAUCCUCUUUUGCAUUCCCAGUCGUUCGCACGAUGGAGGAUUCUACUGGUCGUUUCACUCCUUCCAUUGUCGUGUCAAUUUCGAUGUGAUUUGUUGAUUUAAUUUGUUUUUGCGCCGAUUUGUUAAAAUCCACUGCGAUUGCAUUCAACGAA